UGGUCAGCCAUAUAGAAGGCUUCUGUCUAUUUGAGUUGUGGAAUUAGAGUAUGAGAUGGAUAAAAUACCUGUCACCAGAUUACAUCUUCAAACUAAGGGCAACUUUGGCAUGGCAUCAAAGACAGGGAGACGAGUCCAUCAUGCAUGAUGAUGUACACAGGUCUGAGUGAUGUCGGACCAAGAUUUGGCAGAGAUGGUACAGAUAGCAGUGGAGGACUUGGGCCAAGGCGACCAGACUGAUGUUUUGGACAAUCAUGAAGAUUGUGAUGACAAGCCUGACAGGAAAAGGCCAAGGGUGGACAACAGCUCCCAAGACGCAUCUCUAAAGACCUUGUUGUACUCCAUUAGCCAGACGAUCUGCCAGCGUCUGGACAACAUGGAGGCUAAGCUGCAGAUGGUGGAGGCGACGUGCCGGGCCCUGGAGAGGAAGCUGGAUGCUGUGGUCAACAAGAACCAGGCGCCCAUCCAGGUCCCCAUGGUGGCCGGCUCCCCUCUGGGUGCCACCCAGACCUGGAAUAAAGUGCGUUGUGUUGUUCCACAGACCAAUGUGAUAGUGAGCCAAGAUCGACCGAAGGGCCAGGAGGAGCCAGUAACUCGAGGGGCAGAUUCCCUGGAGAACCUCCUCAGCAACACGGUGGGCGGGCGGAGGCAGAACACGUUCCUCGUGAAGGUGCCGGCGCCGGAGGACAGCCAGGAGGACCAGGAGAGCGGUUCAGAGGCCAGUGACUCUGUGUCCAACAGCGGCCAGACCAACAACGCCCAGAGCACCCAGAACGUCACCCUCAUCACCCUCAACUCAGAGGAUGACUACCCAGCAGGUACGUGGCUUGGCGACGAGAACAAUGCAGAGAUGCGCGUGCGCUGCCCGGUGUCGCCGGGCGACAUGCUCCACAUCAGCACCAACUGCCGCACGGCAGAGAAGAUGGCACUGACACUGCUGGACUACCUAUUCCACCGUGAGGUGCAGGCUAUCUCCAACCUGUCAGGCCAGGGCAAACACGGCAAAAAGCAGCUGGACCCACUCAUGAUCUAUGGAGUACGCUGUCACCUGUUCUAUAAGUUUGGCAUCACUGAGUCAGAUUGGUAUCGUAUCAAGCAGAGCAUCGACUCCAAGUGUCGCACUGCAUGGAGACGUAAGCAGCGCGGCCAGAGUCUGGCGGUCAAGAGCUUCUCCAGACGUAGUGCCAACGCACCGGGAAGCUCAGAGGGUGGCGCUGUGGUGGAGGCAACCCAGCAGACUCUACACUACACCCUGGCCAACCAGGCUGUCCAGCAGGUCCAGAUCCAUCGCAUAGGAGAGGACGGACAGGUGCAAGUGAUCCCUCAGGGACAUCUCCACAUUGCCCAGGUGCCACAGGGGGAAGAGGUGCAGAUCACACAAGACAGUGAGGGGAACCUUCAGAUCCACCAGGUACAUGUUGGGCAGGAUGGACAGGUACUGCGUGGGGCCCAGCUGAUAGCGGUGGCGUCAGCUGACGGGGGGGCCACAGCAGUGGAGGGCUCCCCCCUACAGGCCAGUGACAUACAGGUGCAGUAUGUCCAACUGGCCCAAGUCAACGACCACACCGGUACUGUACAGGCGGCGGAGCUGGCCCCAGCAAUGCAGGGUGAGAUGGAGGUGAAGGAGGGAUCCCUCCAUCUGCCAGCGGGGGAGAACGGGGAGGUGGUGCAGAUCGUCACCUCUGUGGGGACAUAAGGGCCCCCGAGGGCCUCGAGAGAGAGAGAGAGAGAGAUGGCCAGCACCCUACGACAGAGUCAGAGGUGUAGGUGAAUGGGAUGGAGAAGUGGGGGUGGUCCAUAGACAAUAUACAAUUAAAUACAAUUUUGUAAAUUGUAAAUUAAAUACAAUUAAAUAAAUAAGAGAAAGUUAGAAAAUGUCAAAAGAACAACAGCAAAGAUCAAGAGAAGUGGUUUUGUUAUUUUAUAUUGACUUGGUCCAGCAACCACUCGUUCAUUGUCAACCAACAGUAUGAAAAUGUUCAUAGAGCACACAGGCUUUCAUAGCUUCUAUCAAGAACUAGUUAACUCACAUUGUCGUCAUCAGAAGAGGACCCGGAGACCUGGCCUGGGCACAGUGCAGGGGAUUAAACCCUACCCAUAAAGGAUGCUGCUCAGGCAGACCAUCACUACCUACACCUGAGCAUCAGCAUAAAAUGUUUACAUCAACUCUGGGAAAGCAUGGAGCUAUUAGAAGUUAAGCCACUCGGCUCAAUAUCCCUCUCUUGAGGGGUUACAGUAGGCUAGGCUAACCCCCUGGACUCGUACUUCACACAACCAAUACUGUGCUGUUCUCUUCUAGCAUCCUGCAAUCGUGUCAUGCUGGACUGCUGUGGAAAGUAAUACAGCCUAACGGUACUUACUAAUGGUUGUGUUUUCUUUGGCUUUUUUUCUUUCUCUCUGUUUGUGCAUCAUUUCUGGGAUGGACCCUUACUUUCUUCGCCAUUUUCUCCUAGCUUUUUUUCAUAUUGGUUAACCCACAUAGCUUUUGAUUGUUUGUUCCAUGUACAUAAUUGUAUCACAUCUAAAUGUUUGCGGAGCUUUGGUUGGAGGUAGACAACCACGAAAUAGCAAAGAUGAUGUUUAUGAUAAUACAUGACAGGGAGUUACAUGUAGAGGAGCCAGAAUUUCACUUUUUUUGUUUUUCCUGCUGUAUUUCUGUGAAGGAUACAUUCGUGUGAAUAAAAUGUUUUGUGGUUGCCA